AUGAAAUCGCAAUCAUUAUAUGCCAAAAGGUCCACAUGUAAAUUUGGAAUGAUCGAGGUCCUAUACUUGGGUCACGUCAUCAGUGCCCAGGGGGUACAAGUUCACCAGGAGAAGAUUCAGGAAAUUUUGGAUUGGUCUCCACCCAAGACUCUCUCGGAGCUGCGUGAAUUUCUUGGAUUGUGCAGUUAUUAUGGGAGUUAUGUGAAAGGAUUUUCACAACUUGGUGCACCAUUGAUAGAUCUAACAAAGAAAGGAUCCUUCUAUUUGAAUGUGCAGGUGCAACAAACCUUUGACAAAUUAAAAGAAGUUAUGAGUACGUGUUCAGUUUUGGUGCUACUGGACUUCACUCGCCCUUUCAUUCUAGAGUGCAAUGCCUCGAGAGAGGGCAUUGGAGCGGUGUUGAUGCAAGACCAUCACCCCAUUGCAUUCGAGAGUUGGAAGCUCUCAGGAGUUGAGCAGUUUUACUCCAUCUAUGACAAGGAGAUGCUCGCCAUCAUGCAUACACUGACAAAGUUUCGGCAGUACCUCGUCGGGGCAAAGUUUGUUGUGCGGACAAACCACAACAGCUUGCGAUAUUUCUUGGAGUAG